UAAAUUUUUAAACCGUCAGAUUUUGUCUUUGUAAAAAUGAUUACUUGUCAUGUUAACGUUUCGGUUGUUUGAAAUGUGGAUGUACGUGCUUGGUUUGUUAUAAAGGCAUGAAGCAGAUUUGACUAUUCAAGAGUAAUAAAUUAUAGGGAAAGCUUUUUAUUUGAUUUUGUUGUUUUGUUUAGGUGUGGAUUGGUGGCAGCUGUCCACAAUGGAUGAUUCCUCUUCAGAAAAUUUGAUAAACUUCAAUGUUUCCCAGGUGCGUAAAUUCCUGCCCCUGGUCCCGAUACCUUCGGAGGCAGCCUUUGUGUCGUCCAUGGAGAGCAGUCCGUUCGACCGCACGGGCGGCGGCAGCAGCAGCAGCGACGACCCUUACGAGCUGGUACUGAGGACCGCGGCUAGGGCCGACCAGUCAGCGGAGCCCCGGGGCCGCGAGGGGUCUGCGGACUGCUUGGGGCUGCCGGGAGAGGCGGAGGCGUCGGAGGCCGGGCCGUGGCACCAGAGCGACAGUCUCGUGCAAGUGCUCGCGGAGAACUUCACCUGCAUAUCGGACAUUUCUGAUCCCGUCGGGGCGAACAGCACCUCCGUGCUCUCCAGCUCCGCAGUCUCGGCGGACGAGUCGUUCAGGUGCAGUGUGACGGACGCGGAAGGUCGGAGGGGAAACGCGGCUCCGGAGAGGGACAUAUCGACCAUGGUGAACCGGAAGCUGGACAGCUGCAUACAGAUGGUCAUGAGCAUCUCGUGCUCGAAGCCGCGCGGCGAGGGACGGGCCUCCGCGGGGAACCUCUGCGGGUCGCUGGCGGACUUGAGGCCCGCGGGUCGGGAGGAGCCGGCGUCGCGCGGGCGGCGGAGCCUGGACGUGUCCUCGGACGGCGCAGGGAAGCUCUCGUGGCCCCACGGCGGCGACGGCGACGGGCGCGGGGGAAGUAGUUCCGCCGACGUCCUGAACCAGGGGUUCCUCCGCGGCGCGAGCAGCGAGGGCUCCAGCGCGGGAGGCUCGAGCCUGCGGGUGCCGGGGGCGACCGGUGCGGUCUCGGGCGUGCUGCUCAGGCGAUGGCUCGGCAACGCCGAGGGCAGGGUGAGGGCGCUGUCCUGCGACGCGGACUUCCCCGGCCAAGCAGCCGGCGACGCCCGGCGCUCGUCGCCCACCCUCAGCCUGCGAGGGCUGGACCACAGCGGCUGCUCGUCCGUCUUCAGCUCCCCGCUGGGGGCACCAGGCGCGGCCGGCGCCGAAGGGAGCUCGCGCGAGGGCAGUCGCCACAGCUUGCAGGACAUGAACCUAGCCUCUCCCGAGCACCAGCUGGCCCGGGAAGCGAUGAGGGUUGCUCUCAACAUAUCGAACAGGGCAGCAGGUAAUCGGCGUGAUGAGACAUUAGAUGAUAUCGAAAUGGAUCUGUUUUCCUCUGAAGAUGACGACGACGAACAUUGUAACAACUUGCAACAAAGUGAACGCUUUCUGUUGCGCGAGCCGGCGGUGGUUCCCUUGCCCCUGGACGUGGACCGGCUGUCGGGCCUGUCGCUGCAGCGUGCUCCCGUGCUGCCCGCCCCACUGCUGGACCAGGGCGCACUGCUGGCUCGCCUCAAGCAGCUCAGGGCCGCCAACCUCCGCCCCGCCCCGCUCAGGGCCGUCCUCCCGCUGGACAGCAUGAGCAAGCCCGCGGAUGUGUGCCCCGUUCAUUUGGCUCACAAGACGUCACAGUCGCUGAACUGCGAAACGAAGUGUGACGACAGUCGACCGUUGACCGCCACCAUCGGCUCUGAUCUGCAAGAAGCGUUCGUCUCGAGCAGCAAGCCACAGCUAAGGAGGAGUCCUGCCGGCUCGGCGUCUUCCCGCAGCUCCAGCCAAUCCCGGUGCAGGCAGUCCAGCGCCGGCUCCGCGGACUCCGGCUGCAGUGACCGCGGUCGCUGUUCCAGCGCGAACCCGAGGUCGCAGUCGCGGGCCGGGUGCCGGUCGGGGCUGCCCGUGCCGCGGCAGAGUCCCUCGUCCAAGGGCUCGGCCCCGCUGCCGCUGCCGGCCCGCGCCCCCGUCACGUCCACCCCCGUGCGCUGCGAGGUGCCGGGCGUCACCCCCGCGGGCGGCCGCCAGUUCAAGAGGCAAUCGUCUGUCUCCCCGCAGUCGACCCGGGAGAGCGUGGCCAGGCGCCCCCGGUCGGCGUCCGUCGCGCCCGUCACGCCCAUGCAGAGCGUGGGGAACCGUCUGGCGGCCGCGCGGAAGGCCCCGCCCACGGACAAGGUGCCGCUUCAGUUCAAGAGGAAAUUUGUUCGUGCUGCAGAAAAUAAGGAGAAUAUUUUUCCUGCUUGAAGAUGCAGCGCGUCAGUUUGUACUUAAGAUUCUGGGUCGUAGUGUGUAAUGACUGUACUUAAUAUUUCUCAUGUAAAUUUUUUUUUAAUAUGUACUUUUAAUAUGUUUUUUUAAAUGGGGCUGUACAGGGUUUUGAAAUAACCGAAAUGUUUUUCUUCAUUGGUCAGGAUAUCAAUUUUUGUUUCUUUUUUUUUUCUUCUUAAAUAGUUAUAAACAAGUGUUACUUUACUUUGACUAAACAUCGACAUUAGAAAAUUAAAGAUGCCAAAGUUACAUCAUAACUGUAAGAUUACUUAAGGUUCCUAGUAGAUAAAAAGAUAUUAUUUUUAUGGAGCGUUUCCAAACAGAGUAAAUUUUACGUAAACCAAUACAUGCACUAAUGAACAUCUCUGACAUGUCCCAAGUGCAUAUAUUAAAAAAAAUAUUAGUUGCUCAAAUGUUUAUAAAAAAACUGCAAUACAGUUAAUUUAAAAUACUAAAUGUGUGUUUCUAAAUUUUUGGUACAACUGUGAAAGUGUGAAUCAUAGUGUGGUGGCUAUAUUUUAUAAGUUUUAGUCACUAAAUUUUUAUCUCCACAACCCAGUAGACACCCUGGGUGUGCGUUUAACUUCAGAUUCCUUUUUGACCACAUGAAAGCUUUAGUACUACUGGAAACAAUGUUUCAGGAAACCAUUAUUUGCCAACAGUAUCAAAAUUGAAAACACAACAAAUUUUGCAGACAUUUAUUUUGUUUGUAGUAAAAUUGUAAUUAAAAAAAAAAUUGUUCCUUACAUUAUUGGUAGAUCUUGGAAUCUAACUUUGUUCUUUCAUCUCUGUUCUUACGAAUACUUCGCGCUAUGAGAAUAUCUUCUGCGGUUGUCAAGUGUAGAAGCGAUGUUUCGCUGCAUGUUGAGAGGCCUUGUCUGAGCUGAGUGAACAAGCUAACCUUCCUCAGUUUACUAGUCUUCUAUUGGCCAGGCUAAUGUUCCAUGCUGUCUACAGCUCUUCUUUAAGCCACACAACUGUCAUACAUAGUCAACUUUGACAAGAAAUUUAACCCCAUGCUAUAGGUAAUUUAUUUUUGGCAACCUUUAAAAUUGUGACUCGUAAAAUAGAUUUUUUUUUCUCCUUCAUUAAAACAAUUUAAUUCUGAAUUUUAAAAAAUUAAGACUUCAAUUUCGAAAUCGUCCUCCCACUCCUUAAAAAUAAUUUUAACUUGGAACGUCUGUAGAAAACACUCCAAAACCAUGAAAGGCAUGUUUGAAAUAUGAGAGAUUGUAUAUUGAAAAUAAAUCAUUUUAAAUUUUUACAAAAUUGGAUGGCACUGUAAGUUGUGUUCGGAUACCAUCCAUCUUCCUGUAAGUAAAAGGUGUUCUGCACAGCCCUUGUUUUAAACUUAUCACUUUUGUAGAUAAUCUGGAAUGGUAAUGGGAGUGAAAGCUAGAAGUCUUGUGCAUUAUAAUAAAUAUAUAUAAUUCAAAAAAAAAUUAUGUUCUAUUUUUGUAAUUUUGGUAUUGGUGUAUUUUUUACAUUUGCACAUUUAGUAUAUUUUUUGUUGUAACCUACAAUUUUGUACUUUUAUUAAAAUAACAAAUAAAUUCUCUUUUUGUGGUAA